GGCUCGGGGCGGCUUCGGCGACCCCCAGCUUCUGACCCGGCGCAUCCCCUCGAAUCCCAAGUAUCAACAUAUAAAAACUCGUCUGGAUACCGGAAAUAGUCUGUCAAAAUACAUGGAAAAAUUGGAAGAGAUCAAAAGAAGCCAGGGAGGAACUUUCUCAUUCUCUGCAGCCUGAAUGGCCACGUUGUGUUCCCAGGGAGUGGAGGAAGUUCUCCCCCUGGGUUUCUCAGGGAUAGAUGACACCCUUUGGAUGCAGAUUCAAAUCCCCAGCACAGGCACCUCUCUGUCCCUUAUGUAACGUGAGAGAUUUAAACCCGCGCCAUCAAAAAUCAAAGAGCUGCACCCACCACCACCCAUCCUUUGGAGCAUUGAUUGGCUUGAGGACACCCAGGAGGUCUCUUGCUUCUCUCUGCUGUUGUUUCCCUCCUCUCCAAAAGGAGCCCAUCCUUGGAAAACAGAAUCAUUCCAAGCAAAACCAUGUCAGAAAAUUCCAACGCAUCCGCCAGGACCGGACCGGAUUACAGGUAUAAAAAGGAUGAGCUGUUUAAGAGGCUGAAGGUGACAACUUUUGCUCAGUUGGUUCUCCAGGUGGCCUCUCUGUCCAAUGAAACCUUAGAAGUGCCCAACGAGGAGCUGCACGAGCUGCAAGAUGCUGGUGCUGCAGGUGACGAUGCAGCGGGGACAAAUGGCAAAGGGAGCCCUGAGGGGACAGCCAGCCCUGUCCUGUUCCUGAACAACCCGGGAGCCGGGGAAUCCCUUCGCUCCACGCUGCAGAGUGUGAUCAGUGGGGUUGGGGAGCUGGACGUGGAGAAGGAUUCUCCAAAGAAGGAGGACGGCCAGGCCAAGGAGAGGCCUUAUCCCGACUGCCCGUUCCUGCUGCUGGACGUGCGGGACCGCGACGCCUACGAGCAGUGCCACAUCGUGGGAGCUUAUUCCUAUCCCAUUGCAACGUUGUCUAGAACCAUGAAUCCCUAUACAAAUAAUAUUCUGGAAUAUAAAAACGCCCAUGGAAAAAUCAUCAUCGUGUACGACAACGACGAGCGCUUGGCGAGCCAGGCGGCCACCACCAUGUGUGAGAGGGGCUUCGAGAACCUCUUCAUGUUAUCUGGGGGCCUCAAGGUCCUUGCCCAGAAGAUCCCAGAGGGGUUGAUCACCGGCACGCUCCCCGUGUCCUGCCAGGUGGCAGCUCCCACGGGAACUGCCCGGAGGAGAACGACCCCCAGGGUGCCACCCACGCGUGCGGAGAACAAAUGGAGGUUUUCUGCAGAUGACCUGCAGAAGUUAAGGCAUUACCUGGCUGAGGAGCAGAUUCCUUCAGACACUGCCAGCCGCCUUACCCGGGGUGUUUCAGGCCGCGAUUCCAAGCUCUCAUCCGUGAGGAGCAACCCCAGCCUCCCCAGCACUGCUCGCACCGUGGGAUCCCUGAGCAGCCGCUCCCACAGCAGGACCAGCAUCCAGAACAGGCCCUGGAAAUAAAGGAGUAUCCAGGUUUUGGGAAUCCUGAGCAGUGAGGCCCCUUUGUGGUUUUAGGAAUCGGCAGGGAAAAGCAGCCCUGGUGAGAAUUGGCAGCUCGGGUAAGGCUGGGCAGCUGGGAUGAUGUUUCCUAAAAGCAGGAAUGGCAUCGCUUGGGGUGCAGGGCACAACAGAGGUGAUAGAACUGGUUUUGUAGGGGAGGGAGAAAAGUCCUAGUAAAGGCUGGCACCAGUAGAAACUGUUCCACAAAGUUUUUAGUCCAGCUGAAGGAAUUUGUGUCCAUAAAUUCCUGGGCCAUGCCUGGAGCUAUGAGGGUGAACAGGCCACAUAUCAUCUGUGAGCACGAACUUUGGUGGUUUUAGCAGAGAUAAAGACACUCAGCAACUUGCCAAAAGUGAGAGAAGAUCCUGGAAGGGUUGUUUGUUGGGUUUUUUUAAAAAUAAAUUAUGAUAAUGAACAGAAGUAUUUGUAAUAAAGAUGUUUUUUAUUGCCCAGUUGGUGCUGUGACAGUCAUGCUUGCUCAUGGACACUUUGUCAAUAGUUGUGUCUUUUUCAAGGUGAGCUGGAGGAGAAUAAGGAAUUUUUUUUCCCAAUGACUCCUUUGCCAGUGGUUUUUUAGGAAUUUCUUUAAGGUUUAGGGUGGCUGAAGGAAAAUUUGCUGCUGCUGCCUCACCAGGGUCCCUAAAACCCAGCAGGGCCCUGGAAUCAGAACUGAACAAGGUGAAGGUUUCCUGGAAAGUGAGUAGCACAGUGUUCCUUGAAUUGGUGCUUCUGGAUAACCUGGGAAUCCUCUGAAUUUCCUGAGCUGCCUAUGGGACACCUGGGAGGGGAUUUUGGGGGGAUUCUGCUCUCCAGAUUUUCCAUCUGGCAUUGCUGAGCCUGCUCCUGAUUUGGUUAUCGUGGUCUUGUGGGGUUUGUGUGUAUUUUUUCCCCCUUUUUGAAGCAGACAAUCUUCAACACAUCCCAAAACUCACUGGUGAUUUUGGGAUAAUUCUGGUGAAAGGACAAAAAGUAGGAGAAAUGGCACGUAAUUUCCUGUUUGGGAAAUUAGGAGUCAACAUCCCUGAGCACAUUUAUCUUUUAUUGUGAUUGUGAGUGUGAAAUCAGACAAUGCUGGUAGCAGGACUGGCAGGUCCUGCUGCUGUGGGAGUAGAUUUUCCCAGCUCCAUGAGCUCUUGGCAGUGUCACUGAAUUGGCUAAAAUCCUGAUUUUGCUGUCCAGCUGUGGGAGACAGAUCCAGAGUCCCUGGCUGCUCCGUGCUGCAUGAAAACCUCCUGGUGAAACUUGGAUAAAACUGGCUUGAGUUGUUUGAGAUCCUCCAAAUCCAAGGAAUCAAAGCAAGGACUGGAUGUACUUUCCCACCAUCUCAAUGGAUUUGUGUGGAUUUGGACUCUUGGUGUUGUUUGGAGCAGAGUCAAACUCCUUAGAGGCUGAGAGGUUUAAUUGUUUAACUUAAUAAAAUGUGAAUUACAGCA